GCACGCUGGUCUCGUGAAAGCGGAAGUGGAGCGCGUUGGUGUCGGCUUAUUUGAACACGCGUAAUUUCCGCCUGGUUCAAAAAAUUUUUGCACUCUUUUUUAUUUGUCAAAGCAGGGCUAAUCUUUUGUCCGAGGCGGCCGUGUUAGUGACCCGGUAUGGACAUCCAGAGUAUUGAACCAAUGACACUUGGGUCCCCUACUUCCCCCAAGCCUGGGGCUCAGUUUUUACCUGGGUUUCUGAUGGGAGACCUGCCUGCUCCUGUCACACCUCAACCUAGGUCUUUUGGGUUGACAGGAGGUGGGGCAGAAACGAGGUCUCCUCUUCUGGCUGGUGGGUCUCCGCCACAGCCGGUGGUCCCAACACCUAAAGACAAGAGUGGAGCCCCUCCAGUCAGAAGCAUCUACGAUGACCUCAACGGCUCCUGUGUUGGAAUGUCACCUCUUGCUGCUCGCAAACAACCAUUUUCUGGAGUGCACACACCAUUGUCUGGUCUACCAGGGACACCAGGAACGGUCUCUAAUUUGUUUAGCCCCGCGGGUCAGCAGAGGAAAACAACGCUUUCCCCAGCUCAAGUAGAUCCGUUCUUCACACAAGGAGAUGCUCUGUCCUCUGACGACCAGCUAGAUGACACCUGGGUCACAGUGUUUGGCUUCCCUCCAGCAUCGGCUUCAUACAUCCUUUUACAGUUUGCACAGUAUGGAAACAUAUUAAAACAUGUAAUGUCUAAUUCAGGAAACUGGAUGCAUGUCCAGUAUCAGUCUAAACUGCAGGCACGGAAAGCUCUCAGUAAAGAUGGAAAGAUAUUUGGAGAAGCCAUAAUGAUUGGUGUCAAACCAUGUAUCGAUAAGAGUGUAAUGGAGAGCUCAGACAAGGGCAGUACUUCCAUUUCUGUGUUCACGCCCCCAGUGAAGGCUCACGGCACCCCCAGUCACCCUGUAUCAACUCCCCGAUCUGUCAUGAGACCCCUCAGUGCCGCUUACAAAGCAUCCAGCAGUGACUAUCAGGUUGUAUCAGAUCAACAGACACCAAAAAAGGAUGACAGUUUUGUAUCGAAAGCAAUGGAGUAUAUGUUUGGAUGGUAAUGUUUCACUCAUGGGGUCCUGAUGAAAAAGCUCUGAGACCAUCAUCAGCCACUGAUGUGUUGACAUUGCUCUAAAAACUGACACUGGGGUUUUCUGAGCACAAUUAUUGAGUGAAUACAAAAGCACUUUAUCUCUACGUUUGCGGACUAAUUGACUUAACGUGCUGUUUUACUGAAGAUGGACUCUUGAGUGUUUCACUUGGACCGCUUUCAGCUGAUGGGUUUGAAGUUGUCUGCUUUGGAGUUAGUCCCUCAAGUCUGUCCUCAAAAUCAUACAGAUUUAACAACUUAAUUGUGAGCAUUAAGUGUUUCAGGUCUUAAACAUGCCAAAAGAGGGUUCUGCUGGUAAUUCAAGGAUCAAAUCAUGACACUCCCUCACGGGACCCUAUUGUACAAAAUCUGAAAUUCUUACUUGACAUAAUUCAUGGUUAUGUUCUGCUUUAUUGAUCUCAUAAGAAUAUCAUUGACACCUUCAGCAUUUUGAGACCAAGGCCUUAAUCUACAAUUUAACCAUCUUUUCAUUGGGUUAUGUACCUCUGUUUUUAGGUUAUUGUGGGUUUUCACUAACUUUAUCAAUUAUUUUAAUAGGACGGAAAAUCCAUUUUUUAGAAAUGUCUGGUUUUGAAAAUGCUUUUUCUCUUUAAUAAACACUGUCUGACUAGAAA